AUGGAUUUAAUUAAACCGUUAGCGCCUGCUGGUUUCAAAUUCGAAACUCACAUCAUAUCAUCAUCAUCUCCACACUCAACCUUUUUAUUCACUCACCACUCACCAAACCCUCCACCUCAACCAAACACCACACAAAUCAAAAUGCAAAUGCAAACUCCGACGACCGGAACACCAAAACUCCGGCCACGAUCCGGCCGUACACCGCUGCAACCUAAAAACACUCCCGCCGAUCUCACUCUCCAUCCUUUCACAAAACCCAAACUCAAACCCGAUCAAUCAUGUUUCGAGAUCACACUAGUCCCAAACACCGACAAAGAGAAUCUUCCGUUUGAGUUCGCCGCCUCAGCAACGUCGUCUCCAGUUACUCCACUCGAGACACUGGAGACUUCGCUUGGUGAGGAACUAAGCGCGAUGAAGAAGAAACUUGAGAGACUGAGAACAGACAAAGAGAAAACAGAGAAAAUGCUGAAAGAGAGAGAAGCGUUGCUUGACGCGAAGAUGAAGGAGAUGAAAGAGAAAAGCGAGAUUCAGAAGAAUCUCGAAAUCCAAGUCGAUCGAUUGUUCCGAUUAAAGGAACUCAAGUAUCGAUGCAUGAGAGUUUCUCCGAUUCGAACGCUUAGAGAAAAGGAACAUGAAAAAAUUAACAACCAAGCACCAUCGCCAUCAGAGGUGAGAACAGAGGAACCGGUGGCGUUUGAAUCUGUAUCGGAAUCGGAAUCUGUUAAAGAAGAAUGUGAAGUAGUUGAGAGUCCAGGUUCAGCUUGUUCACAAACUCGUACUAUACACACAAAAUCUGAUAAUUGAGAAUACCGUUUGGGGAAGUUUUUUUUGUAUACAUAAUUUUCUCAUUAUGGCUUUUUCUUUCCCCCGUUGAUUUGAAUUUCAUGAUGCAAUUUUUAAAAAUUAUUAUUAUUAUUAUUAUAAAAUUUGAAAAAUGAAAGUGGUUUGCAAGGCAUUGUGUCGAAGAUGUUUCUGUAUUUUGUUUAGUGCUUCAUGUAUGGCAUAAGACGACUAAGUUUCACAGCAGGAUAUCAAAUUGACGGUUUUAACCAUAUGCGCAACUAUUAACUUUAAAAAUGAAUUUUUUUUUUUUUUACGGGAGUUAAAUGAAGUUGUCCAUAUAAAGUUAAACAUGAUAAACACAGUUAGGUUAGGAUAGUGCUUCAUUAUUGAUAGUGCUCAUUUGCAAGGAAAUGAGUGUCACUUUUGGCUAUGCCUAACACAAUUUACACUAAAGUUGAAAAUGAAAAUUUAACUCUAUCCAUAACCCAAACUUAGAAAUAAUAAGGUUGAGAUGGUUAAGGUUUGGAAUCAACUUUAAGAUAACAUUAGAGACAUAAGGUUUGGGAUGGUUAAGUUUGGAAUCAACUUUAAGAUAACAUUCGAAACAUAAGGUUUGGGAUGGUUAAGUUUGGAAUCAACUUUAACAUAACGUUAGAGUAACUCGACUUCAUCAUUCACUAAUAAACUUUCAAGAGACCCAAAUCAUCUCCUUCAAUGAUCAAUGCUAUCAUAAAUAAAAUCACUUUUAUAAAUCUAUCUAGCACAUAAAUCAGAUAGCAUGUCUUGUGCACAAAUUUGCUUUCGUAUGAUGAAUAUUUAAUUUGUACACAUUCUGGAAUUUAUGGAGUCGGGAUGUGUCUAUCUCUAUAUGACGACAAUAUUCUAGAUUGUUUGAGAAGCAAGAUGGUGACCCCUUAAGCGUCUCUUCCCUAAAGAGUCUCAUGCUUAGGGAACUGCAGACAUCCCGAAUUUUAUGAAGUUGAGAUGAAUUUUAUCCAAGGUCACGACAUGAACGUCAAGGACAAGGGCUGUCUAAGGGCAUAUCCGAGAUCAUGUCAAGAAUGUCAGGAUGAGGAUCUAAGUCGAAGUCCUAUCAAGGCGAGGUCACGCUUCGAGUAAGAGAUCCGAAGGAAAGGAACAAGACAACCGACAGUUACGAAAAUAAGGUCAUAGGCAAUAACAACUGCCUUUUCCUUAAAUGGCAUUAAUUGCCCAUCAAUAACUAGUUUAAGAUAUGGAAACAUUCUCUUUACUGUCUUAAUGAAGAUUCAUGGGCCAUUAGGACGAUAAAUGCCCCCCAUUACUCUAGCCUCGAGAAAGAUUUUAUAAAAAGAAAGGAAUAGUCGAAUGAAGAGAUAUUUUAUUGAAAAAUACAUAGAAAGUGCGGCCUCUCUCUGCUAACACCAGGGAGGGUUAUAAACUAUUGUUCUCAAUAGGAACAGUUGGCACUUGGGUAAAAGAAUUCUAAGCCAUGCAAAAAUUGUGAAUCGAAGAGAUAUUAUUUAAAGAAAGAACAUUCGAACGAAGAGAUAUCUCAUAGAAACAUACGUAAAAAGUGUGACCUCUCUCGGCUAGCAUAGGGAUGGUUUGUCAACUAUUAUUCUAAAUAGAAACAGUUGGCGCCCACCGUGGGGCUUGGGUAAAGGAUACGUUCUGAGCUUCGCGGGCGAGGUUCUGCCCGCAAGCAAGAUGACAUAUCCCGACUUUAUAAAAUCUAGGAUGUAGAUAGUCUGUUACCCAACUCCAUAAAUUAUAGGAUGUACAAAGUCCCCACAUCGUGACCUCGUGAGGCUCUUUAGGGGUCACCAUCUCCCUUCCUUGACGGUCGAGAAUGGUGCUGUCAAAUAUGGAUUAUAGACCCAUCCUGACUCCAUAAAUUUUGAGAUGUACACAGUCCCCCAAGCUUGAGGCUCUUUAGGGGUGAGACGCUUUAGGGAUCAAGGUCUCGUAGGGAUUUGAGACCCUAUCCUGGUGAUCGGUAAAAUAGCAAGUGUACUGUUUUUACCGAUGUAGUAAUAAGGGGGUUAAUUUCCCAAGUAUCGAACUCGCGGACUGCGUAGGAAGUAUAUGUUUCACAACAGUGCAAUUGAAUAAAAAGUCAUCGGGGUGUUUGAAUUUGAUUUUGAAUUUAAAUAACAGCUUAUGUAAAACGUAAGAAUUAAAUAGUUUGACUAAUGAAAAUAUGCGAAGACGAGUUAGGAUGGAUGUAUGAAUCGCUCUGUAACAAAAUAAAUUACCAAUUAACAGAUUAACUGAAGAAAUUCUUAACUACCGAUCCUGAACAUUGAUUUUCCCUAAUUCUUUAGUGAAAAACUUCUUGAGAUUAAAACCAUCUUUUCAUUCCUUAUCAAGAUAAUUUGAUACCAAGAUUCUAUAUGACAUAGCCCGAAUUAUAUGAUCGCUACUCAUCAAACCCUUAUUCCUAAGUGAUUAUAAGCGGUAACGUUAUGAUUAAAAAGCAUUGAGUUUGUUUGUCAGACCAAACCUCAAUCGUGAAUCAACAAAAUAUUUUCCAAUAUAAUGAAGCAAUAAGAACUUUUAAUCAUAAACUGAAUUUCAUAAAGAUAAUCUGAAAACAAACGGUAAACAUAAUUCGUUACAUCACAUGAUCCAGGGACAUCACCCUAACAAGUAUAAGUUUAGCUACUCAUGGCAAUUUUCAAGAAAACAGAAAUUAAGGAUGAAGACAUUACAAUAAGACGAGUGUGAAUUGAUCUUCAAUCGCGGAUGCUCUUGAAGAUUUCUUCGCUUCAAACCCUAGUGCCUCCAAUCCUUGGUUCUUUCGUUCUCUGGCAAUCAAAAAGUGCUUUUCUCCUCUCCAAACAGUGACUAAAUAUGCUCUCAGCAAAUGUUUCCUUCUGAAAAGUCCACAAUGCCCUUCCUUAAAUGACUGGUUUAAAGAUUUGAAAUCUAAACUUUUUCUGCACGCAAGGCUGACACGGCCGUGUCACAUGACACGGUUGGCCGUGUCAGGUCUCUGACUUCUUGGCUUUCAUAAUUUCAAGCCCUUCUCUUCAGCAAGUGUGACACGACCGUGCCACACGGCACGGGUGGCCGUGUCACAGCUCUGUCUCACCAAAAUCCACUUCUUCUUGUCUCGAAUCGUGCCCUGUAUCUGCAUAACUUUAAACACUACCAAACAUUAGAUCAAAAGCAAUGGAAAAACGACAAAAACUAGAAAAGAUAACACAUAAAACUCAAAUACGAAAAUUAACAAAACUAAAAAGAACUAGACUGAAACAACUUAAAAUACCACUGAAUGAAGUGCUUUUCCAUUGACUCGAACACAAGAACAAGGUGAAAUUGGUGGUCGAUCACAACCCCAAAUUUAGCUCAUUACUUGUCCUCAAGUGAUGGACGAGAAAACAAGAGGACACCUAUGAACUUUUCUUUUGCUCCACAACACAACUGAUGCUUCCACACUUGAUAUUUACUUCCGUGUCAAAAUGUUCGAUUCCCCUUUCCGAAGUUUUCCGUUGCACUUCAAUGUUGACUCAUUCUUUUACCUGCAAGCUAAAUCACACUCCUCACAAAUUCUCUCGGGGUUAAGUGUUUCACUCAUUCAUCAAGGCAUGCAUAUCUAACACUUAAAUUUUCACUCCUCACAAAAUUUCUUUUUCCCUUUUUUUUUUCUUUUCUUGCAUUUUUUUACACUUGCCUUUUUCUUUUGCUACCGGACUCGGUUACCCCAAACUUAUCUUUUCGCAUGCUUAGCACAAAACUUUUGUAAGGACUUAUAGUUAAUACCGAAUAUGAGGGAAACAUGAGGGGUUAUGAAUUUUCUCCAAAAAAAAAAACAACAUGGAUGAUGGAUCAAGAUUGGUUAACGAAGGAUUACAGACAUAAAGGUUGGAUGAGAAAGGCUCUGGGUUGAACAAACAAAAGUGCCUCAGUGUGUGUGAUCAAUUUGUGUACUAUAUGAAGAACAAAUGCAAAAUUAGAGUGAUAAUGCCAUACCUGAUGCGCUCUCAUGAUGAUAUGAAGUAUUUGGCUUUGUAUAUCCCCACCAUGUUGAGUAUUGCUUACAGGUUCAACAACGGCCUCCAUUUUGCACAACAUAAUGUCCGGUUCGGGUUACUCUAAAUUCAGUCACUUGGCACCAUCAAGUUGCGUCUAGCAUUUUCUUUAGUUAUGUCAACUUUCACAGGUGCCCCGGGAGCCAAUUUAAGAUGCGUCUUUCCCCUUUUUCACCUUCAUUCCCAUGAUACUAUCUUCUGGAAUCACAUUCAUCCUGGUGCACUGAAAACUUAAAACACACAUGCUUAAUUGAAAAUACGGAAACUGAAAUAAAAGGAAAUAACAGAAAAUAACUUAAAAAGAAAGAACCUCCCCCACACUUGAACUAAACAUUGUCCGCAAUGUGUAAGCAAGCAUAAGGGAGACUUACAGUGCUCACUGAGGCGGAGGUGGAGGGUACGGAAAUUGCAACACCAAGCGUCGCAUCAUUUCCUGAAUGUCAUAAAUAGCAGUCCCUUGCCGGGUCUGCUCCUCUCCUUGGCGGGUUUGCUCGAUCCCUUGCCUCAAUAAUUCCUCUCCUUGGCGGGUUUGCUGCGGCAUUCGAGAUGUGCCCUCAUCAAAUGUGUUUGGACGUGGACCUGUUUGCUCGUCUUCCUCAUGUUGCUCCUGGUCAUCUUCACCACAUGCAUCCAAAAACUCAAGAUCCAUGUCACCUUCCCCAUUCGGGGUGGUGCUCGUAUAUAACCAGUUAGCUCUAUCAUAAACGGACACACGAUUAGGAUUAGGCAAUUCCAAAAUGUGAGUCCCAUGAAUCAUCAAAAAAUAAGUUUGGGGUUGCACAGAGAUCAUUCUCUGCUUGAUCAAAGCAGCCAUAUCAAUCUUUAAAAUACGAGGAGCUACUUCUUGAAGAUUCUGCAUUUUUGUACCAUACCCCAAACCAUCAGCCAACGCAGUUACAAUACCCCCAAUAGAAAUAUCCCCUGAUUUUGCCCGGCUAACCUUUUUCAAAUGAUCCGCUAUGAAAGCGGCCGCAUUAAGCGGUUUUUGCUCAGCCAUGCAGUAUAAAAAAUAUAGUUCCCGAAUGGAAACCACGCCAGGGCUGUCUCCUCUACCAAAGAGGGUAUAUGCUAAAGCCUUCUGGGCAUAGCGGAAGCAAGGGUUCUGGAUACCCGUCGCUUUUGCCCCUUUAGGACAAUAAGACUCUUUACCUGUGAUAGCCUUCCAGAAUGCUUAUGGGUUAAAUGAGUUUGGUGCCCUACCCGCACCCGAACUCGGUAUCCUCAAGGCCUCCCCAAAUUCCUCCAAACUUAAUACAUGGUCCAUAUCGAACAUACGGAAUUUUAAUGUCCCGUAGUGCUCUUGUUCCACCCUGUUUGUUCUCAGCUUCAUCUCAAACUCAUAAGUGCUUAAAAAUUCAUAAGUUAUUCGCUCAAAUGUGGGAGCCUCAAACUGAAUAAAUCUGAGCAAACCUAGUGAGUGAAACAUACGAUGUAUCUCUGUUUUAAAUCCUAAACAUUCAGUAGUAACAUCACAAACAUACCUCGUCGGGAAAAUCUUUCUUCGAAGGUGAGCAUUGUACCUCUCUCUGUGAGCAUCCACUCGAAAGGUAAUCCCAUGGUUAUUUCCUUCUCUUCUUGCUCUUUGAGUGGGUCUUGACGAUCCAGCAUUGUCCCUUCUCUGUACAGCUUUUCUUGGAGGCACAGUGGUAACCUACAAAAAUUCACAAACAAAAACCCACGGUGAAAGUAAAAAUAACUUGGAGAUUAAUGGUUUGGAUGAUGAGAGAAUGAAUUUUUGUGAAGACGGAUUGUGAUUUGAUGAAGAUUAGAUGGUGAACUUGGAGGUUUUAUGUGAGAGGUUUUAAGGAGGUUAGGGUUGUAGAUGGAGAAGAUGAAGAAAAAGUGGAGGAAAAAGAUGAAUAAUGGUGGAGAGAGGUUACAAAAUCUGAGUUUUAAUGGGGUGGUUUAAGAGAGAGAGGAUUUAAAA